UCUCAACGUAACAACUGAUCCAUGACGUCGUCGUUCGAGCAAGUGGAGGCGUUCACGCUGCUGGACGUCGGUGUGACGCGGUACCGGUCGAACGCGUCGGGCCUGACAGUGUGCCUUGCCGAGACGCGAGGGCCGCUGGUGGGAGCGUACUUGGCGCUGUCGACGGAGGCGCACGAUGACGACGGCCUGCCGCACACGCUCGAGCACCUCGUCUUUAUGGGCUCCGAGGACUACCCGUACAAGGGCGUUCUCGAUCUGAUUGCCAACCGCUCGCUUGCCCAGGGCACGAACGCGUGGACGGCGACCGACCACACUUGCUACACGCUGACCACGGCGGGCGAGGAAGGGAUGCUCGCCGCGCUGCCCGUCUACCUCGACCAUGUGCUCUACCCGACGCUGACAGACACGGCGUACCAGACAGAGGUCCACCACAUCACUGGCGCCGGCGAGGACGCGGGUGUCGUCUACUGCGAGAUGCAGGCCAUUGAAAACACGAGCGACUCGCGAACCUACCGCGCUCUCGUCGAGCACCUCUAUCCAGGACGCAGCGGGUACAAGAGCGAGACCGGAGGCCGCUUGGGCAACCUGCGCGACUCUUGCUCGCACGAGAAGGUCUGCCAGUACCAUCGCGAUUACUACCGCCCAGACAAUCUCUGCAUCAUCAUUGCCGGCAAGAUCGACCCCGCCAAGCUGUUCGAGGCCAUUGCUCCGUUCGAUGCCAAGGUCGUUUCCAAGAAACACGUCAAGCAGGCGCGCCCGUGGUCGACCCCCUCGGAGGCACUGACAACUCCCCAUCAAGUCGUCCGCAUCCAGUUCCCGACGGAAGACGAAAGCACGGGCAUUGCGAUGGCGGGCUGGCGAGGCCCAAAGUGGAGCUCCUUCCUCGAGCUCCAGGCCUUGGAGACGCUUUGGACGUAUCUGACCGACACACCGGUGGCAGUCCUCCAGCGCGAGCUUGUGGAAAUUGACGAUCCGUAUUGCAGCGACCUGUCCUUCCGCGUCGAACGCUACAGCGAUACGGCGCACCACUUGACGCUGGAAAGCGUCCCGACCGAGAAACUCGGUGAAAUUGAUGCCAAGCUUGGUAGCGUCCUUCGCCGUGUUGCGUCGGGCGAGAUUACCAUUGACAUGGAGCGCAUGGCGAGCGUCAUCCAUCAGCUCGAGCUUCAGCUUCUCUCGCAGGCAGACGACGACCCGCACCAGCUCUUUGUUGGCCUCAUCAUUGAGGACUUUUGCUACGGCAACACGAAUGGCAAGCAGCUCCAAGAGCGCUUGGCCACGCUCAGCCAUCUCAAGACGCUUUCGACCAAACCUGCCAGCUUUUGGUCCGACCUCGUGCGCACCGCCUUGGUGGAGUCGCCGCUGGUGCUCAUCCUUGGUGAACCGAGCGCGCCGCUCGGCGAGCAGAUGCUGGCGGACGAAAACAAGCGCCUCGAGGAGCAACGCGCACGCUUUGGCGAGCAAGGGUUGGUCCAACUCGGCGAGCAGCUCGCCCAGGCCUCCAAGCGCAACAGCGUCGAGACCCCGGACGCAGUCCUCGCCAAGAUCUCUGUGCCUGGUGUUGAGCGAAUCCCCUUCCACGAGCUGAAGACCGAGAUUGCGGGUGCCAACCAGCAGCCUCACAACCUGCCCUUUGCGUUCAAGACCGAGCAUGUGAACAGCUCCUUUGUCGUCCUGACUGCCACGCUCGACACGACAAGCGUCCCUGCCAACUUGCGCCCCUACCUCUCGCUCUACCUCAACCUGUUCUUUGAGAGCGGUGUGACGCGCCCAGAUGGCGCCGUCUCACACGAGCAGGUCAUUGCCGGUCUCGCCGAAGACACGCUGGAACACCACGCUUCGCUUGGUCUUGGAGGUCGCCUGUUUAUGUGCGGCGCGUUUGCGCAACACGUCGUGCUCUCCAUCAAGGCUGAACGAAGCAAGUACCAACGCGCAGUCAACUGGCUGCGUGAGCUGCUUUUCAGCAUUCGCUUCACCGAAGAGCGCGUGAAGGUGACUGCCAUCAACAUGCUGAACGAGGUGGCCGACCUCAAGCGUGACGGCAUGAGCACGGUGCGCACGCUGCUGAACGAGCUGCUCAUCCCGACCCACAACGUCGCCAAGAGCAACCACACUGUGAGCAACGUCGUUCGGCAGCAGCAGUUUGUUCGCGGCCUGCUCGAAUCGAUUGGAGUCAAUCAAGACGAGGCGGACGAGGACGACGAAGAAGGAGCAGAAGACGGUGGUGAGGAAGGUCACGAUGGCGAGGGUCACGAUGGCGAGGGUCACAAUGGCGGCGCACACAAUGAUGCAGCUGUCGAAAACCAAGUCCCGUCCAAGUCGCCAGAAGAGGUGGCAGCGGCCUUCAAGCAGGUGUUUGACGCCCUCUAUGCACUCCGCGAUGUGCUGGUUGGCCAAAGCGUUGGUUUCCUGGUUGACGUUGCUGGUUCGCUUCCGGCGCCGGACAUGCUUGCCCCGUGGCACGAGGUUGGCUUUGUUGCCGACCAUCAGAAGGCCGUGAGUCGCCAGCAAACCGCAGCCAGCGAGCAAGGCGUUGUUGUCCACUGGAGCGGCGAUGUGGUCGUCAAGCCGACCGACCGUGGCCAAGCUGCCAUUGUCGGCGUGUCGUCUGUCGAGUCUGCGUUCUUGAUGCAAACCUGCCCGAGCAUUGCCUCUUGGACGGAUCCCGACUUGCCUGCUCUGCUUGUUGCGACCGAGUACUUGACUGCCCUGGAGGGACCGCUUUGGCGCAAUAUUCGAGGCCUCGGUCUGUCGUACUCGUACGGCAUCUCCAUGCUGCCGGAAGUCGGCUUGCUCACCUUCAGGUUGUACCGCGCUACCAAUGUCGCCAAGGCGUAUCGUGUGGCGCGCGCCAUUGUCACGGCAUACGCAAACGGCAGCGCCUCUGCUGGAGGCAACGAGGAGGAUUUGCCCGAGAUUUCUGGCAUCAUUGAACCGCUGCGUUUCGAGGCUGCCAUCGCCGGCGCCCUGUAUGGCAUCAUCGAAGACGAGAAGAGUGUGUUUGCAGCCUCCGCGCAGUCCUUGCUGAACGUCUUCCGUCGCACUUCUGCCGAGUUCUCGCGCGACCUGAUGCGCCAAGUCAAGCAAGUGACCAUUGCGGAUGUUCAACGCGUGCUCAAGACCCACGUCUCCCGCCUCUUUGACACGCAGACUGCCAACACGGCCAUUUGCUGCAAUCCCAACAAGCUCAACGAGACCCGCGACGGCCUUGCUGCCGUUGGCGUGCAGCUGCGUGUUCUUGAGUCGCUCAACGACGCUGUUCAAGCGUAAACGCUGCUUGUUGUACUUUUGUUCUAGUUUUCAACCAAGGCAGUUUUUUUGCGCACAACCGACAAGAGAAUAGCAUCCAUGUUAAAGUAGGGAGCAUGCAUCAAUGAAUCGCUUAAUCUACAGAAAAAAAAC